AUGGUUGGUAAGGUUUUGACCGCACCAUGUCGAUUUCCCAGCCUCUCUCCCUCUCCCUCUCCCCAGAAAGGUCGAGAUGACGAUGCGGUGCAUACCAUCAAUAUCACCCAAGGGGAUACCAGCAUCUCUCAAUGGGGCCCUGAUCUGGGACCUAGACUCCGUGUUAUCUGGGCCAUCAUCCUCUCUGUAUUUGUCCACGAUGACAGCGUGGUGAUGGGCUACGAAGAAUGUGCCAAUUCUCGGGACUCGUCAUAUCUCUUGCAGCAUUGCUCGUCCGUCUACGCUACUACAAUCGACCGUGAAGACGACCUGACCGCUCUAGUUGGAUCGGGGCAUCUGUUGGAGACUGACAGUCAUGACCCUCGCGUUCAUAACACUGGGGUACUACUGCUUGACGGAGGGAAUAGGUGUGACCUGGCUCCCAAGAAUGGUUCUUCGCCAACAGACGCCGAGAGAUGCGAUCUCAUCCUUGGCGCAAACCGGGACCCCGCAGGACUGCGUCUCUUCGUGCGCUUCCGCACCGCAUACAUAUCAGAAACAAUGGCCGGUCAUAUCGCCGACGCUAUUCAGGAGAUUCUGUCUUCUGUCCGUCACAACUGGCAAGGCAAGGUCAAAGACCUGAAUCUCCUCUCCCAAGCCAGUCACGACCAAAUUCUAUCCUGGAACACCCAGUCGCUAGAGGUGAGCCAGCAAUGCCUCCCGGACCUGAUCGACCGUGCCAGUAGCAAUUACCCCGACGCCAUUGCCUGCUGCACUAUCAACGAGCAGAUUACCUACCGCGAGCUUCAGCACUUCUCCACAGCAUUGGCAGCCCACCUCCUCUCCGCCGGCGUGUAUCCCCACACCUACGUCGGGCUGAUUCUCGACAAGACCAUCUGGUCCGUGGUCAUCAUGCUAGCCGUACUGCGCACAGGGGCAGCCUGCAUGCCUCUGGACAGUGCAUUACCUCCUGCCCAAGCUUCAUCCAUGCUCCGUGAGGCCAAUACAUCCGUCAUUCUCACCACCACCUCGUCCUCCAAACUCGAACCCCACUGGGUAGCCAUAGCGCCCCAAAUGCUGGAAAUAACCGGACACCUAAUCCAGCAGCUACCAAAGAAGACACUCCCAGCUCCAUCCGGACAUAUAUCCCCCACUCAACCAGCCUUCCUCAUGUACACAUCAGGCAGCACCGGAGCCCCCAAGGGCGUGGUACAACCACACCAAGACAUCGUAACAUGCGUACAACAGAUGGCUCAAGCACUGCAACUACACUCCGGCACCCGAUUCCUCCAGUUCGCCGCCUUCAGCUUCGACCUCAGCUGCGUAGAAACCCUAUGCACCUUAUCCCGUGGCGGAUGUGUCUGCAUCCCAGGGAACGACGACCGACUACACCGACUCGCCGAGACAGGCACAGCACUCCGCAUCAACACCGCGUUUCUCACUGCCGCCGUGCUAGCGCAGGUCCACCCGGACGAGAUGCCCACGCUAAAGACCCUCACAGUAGGCGGGGACGUCCUGACCGCAGAACAAGUAGCCCUCUGGGCACCCCGAGUCGACCACCUCAAUGUCAGCUACGGCACCACCGAAGGCAUCAUGUUCGACACGCUGCACGCGGAUCUCACUUCCCUAUCCGACCCCCGGAACAUCGGUCGUUCGUUCGGCCCACGCACCUGGAUCGUCGAUCCAGCAGAUCACAACAAACUACUCCCCAUCGGGGCCGUCGGCGAACUAGUCGUCCAAGGUGGCCGCCUAUCUCAAGGCUACCUCCAGAAACCAGAGAAAACCGCCGCCGUCUUCAUCGACGUCCCUGUCUGGGCACCAGCACCAGCACCACCAACAUCGCGGUGCUACAAAACCGGAGAUCUGGCGAGGUAUCUGCCCGAUGGCUCAAUCUAUCUCCUCGGCCGCAAAGACCGACAGGUCAAACUCCGCGGCCAGCGAGUGGAGCUAGACGAUCUAGAGGCCCGUCUAAAACAGGCUGUAGAUCUACCGCGAGGUAUGGUGGUAGCUGAUGUGAUUGUCUUGCCGGAUCAAACGAAGCAACUCGUGGGGUUUGUAUACGAUGACCGGCUCACUAAACAAUCUGCUGCUACUGAUGCUAGGGCGCUCUUUGGACUUCCCACAGCAGAACUCCAGGCCAUCAUGCGCACCAUGGUCCAGAAACUCAAACAAUCCCUCUCAUGGCUCUUCAUCCCAACAUUCAUGUUCCCACUCCUGUACGUGCCGAAAACGCGUACGGGCAAGAUCGACCGCACGCGACUUCGACAGGCUGCGGCUGGGCUGGCGCAGCAGGAUCGUUUGGUAUAUGCGGUGCCGUUGGAUGAGGGGGGUGUUGGUGGGGGCGAUGUACCUUUGAAGGGGGACUACAGUGAGCAGGUAGGUUUGGUGUGUAAGUGGUAUGCGGAGAGUUUGGGCGUUGCGCUCGGUCUGGUUUUACCCAAGAGUAACUUCUUCCAUUUGGGAGGGGACUCGAUUAAAGCGAUGCGGAUCACGCGACUGGCGAAGGAUGAUGGUUAUGAUGUCACGUUUCGUGAUAUCUUUAAUCAUCCUCAGCCGGUGAGACUGGUUGCUAAUGUGCUGGUGACUGGUUCGGGGACGGAUGGUGAGAUGGUGACGACGGCGACAGCAACAGCAGUCCCUUAA